AUGAAUACUCAAACUGGAACAUAUGGUAUACUUUGUGGGGUGAAGAACAGUGAGGAUGGAGGAGGUAAAAAAUACUACUGCAAAGUGUGCAAUUACAGGAGCAACGGUGUUUCAGAACUGCAGGACCACAUUAAAAUCCAUACUUUCGGACAGCCGUUCGGCUGCAGGAACUGCGACAAGAUGUUUACGGAAAUAUCCGAAUUGCAGGUCCAUUCGAAAGCGCACAAGAAGACGGUGGAAUUCGUCUGCGGGAUGUGCAACUUCAAGACGCACAAGGACAGGGAGGUCGCCCAGCACUCGAGGAUCCACGACAAGAUGAUUAAACUGCACAAGUGCCCUCAAUGCGACUAUUCGACCGAGAGGAAAAACCGUCUUACAAACCAUAUGAGAAGCCAUUCCCUAAGCAUACCGUACUCUUGCAACAUAUGCACAUACAAAUGUAUACAGAUUUGUACGAUGGCCAGACAUAUGCUGACCCAUGCAGAGCCUGACGGGACCACUUGCCCUUACUGUCCUUUCAGAUCGAAGACACAACAAAUCCUUGAUAAUCAUAUAAUAACGCAUUUCGACCAAGCCAUAUAUGAGUGUGAGUUCUGUGAUUUUAAGACAACUUGGAAACCGUCAAUGACGACACAUAACAAAGGGCAUGUGAGUACAAUGAAAGAAGAGUAA